AUGUCCGCCAGCUCCGCUUUCAACGACGAGAAGGGGGGCUCGUCCAGUGUCGGGGAGCCUGAAUAUGGUCACGACCCGGCGAGCGGGGGGAUUUUCUCCUCCGACUACAAAAGACAUGACGACCUGAAGGAGAUGCUGGACAGCAACAAGGACUCCUUGAAGCUGGAGGCAAUGAAGCGAAUCGUGGCUAUGAUCGCCCGAGGUAAAAACGCAUCAGAUCUCUUCCCUGCUGUGGUGAAAAACGUGGCCUGUAAAAACAUAGAGGUGAAGAAGCUUGUUUAUGUUUAUUUAGUGCGUUAUGCCGAGGAGCAGCAGGACCUUGCUCUGCUCUCCAUCUCCACGUUUCAGCGAGGUUUGAAGGACCCAAACCAGCUGAUCAGAGCCAGCGCCCUGAGAGUCCUCUCCAGCAUCCGAGUCACGAUCAUUGUCCCCAUAAUGAUGCUGGCCAUCAAAGAAGCUGCUUCGGAUAUGUCUCCAUACGUCAGAAAGACAGCUGCUCACGCAAUUCCAAAACUCUACAGUUUGGAUCCAGAACAGAAGGACCAGUUGAUUGAAGUCAUAGAGAAACUGCUCGCUGACAAAACCACGUUGGUGGCAGGAAGCGUUGUCAUGGCUUUUGAGGAGGUUUGUCCAGAGCGUAUCGACCUGAUCCACAAGAACUACAGGAAGCUGUGUAAUCUCCUGAUCGAUGUGGAGGAGUGGGGGCAGGUCGUCAUCAUCAACAUGCUGACCCGCUACGCCAGGACCCAGUUCCUCAACCCAAACAUCAAUGAGUCUCUGCUGGAGGAGGGAGGUGGCGGGGAGAAGACCUUCUACGGCUCAGAUGAAGAUGAGGAUGAAGACGAGGAGGAGAAAGAGAAGAAAGCCGAGGCUGCUGCCAUGGCCAAGAGGAAACCGUACGUGAUGGAUCCAGAUCACCGGCUGCUGCUGAGGAACACGAAGCCGCUGCUGCAGAGCCGCAACGCAGCUGUGGUGAUGGCUGUGGCUCAGCUGUAUUUCCAUCUUGCUCCUAAAGCUGAGGUUGGGGUGAUUGCCAAGGCCCUGGUCCGUCUCCUGAGGAGCCACAGUGAAGUCCAGUAUGUCGUUCUUCAGAACGUGGCGACAAUGACGAUCAAGAGAAGGGGGAUGUUUGAGCCGUACUUGAAGAGUUUCUACAUCCGCUCCACAGACCCAACCCAGAUCAAAAUCCUUAAGCUGGAGGUUCUCACCAAUUUGGCCAACGAGACCAACAUUUCCACCAUUCUCAGAGAGUUUCAGACAUACAUUAAAAGCAUGGACAAAGACUUUGUGGCCGCUACAAUCCAAGCCAUCGGCCGCUGUGCCACCAACAUCGGAGAGGUGAGGGACACAUGUCUGAACGGCCUGGUGCAGCUGCUGUCCAACAGAGACGAGCUGGUUGUGGCCGAGUCUGUGGUUGUUAUCAAGAAGUUGCUGCAGAUGCAACCGGAGAAGCACAGCGACAUCAUCAAGCACAUGGCGAAACUAACAGACAACAUCCAGGUGCCGAUGGCGCGGGCCAGUAUCUUGUGGCUGAUUGGAGAGUACUGUGAGCAUGUACCUAAGAUUGCCCCGGAUGUCCUGAGGAAGAUGGCCAAGUCUUUCACUAAUGAAGAGGACAUUGUCAAGCUCCAAAUCAUCAAUCUGGCUGCCAAGCUUUAUCUCACCAACUCCAAACAGACCAAACUGUUGACGCAGUAUGUUCUCAACCUGGCCAAGUAUGACCAGAACUACGAUAUCCGUGAUCGGGCACGCUUCAUUCGCCAGCUCAUUGUGCCCACUGAGAAGAGUGGGGCUCUUAGCAAGUACGCUAAAAAACUGUUCCUCGCCCUCAAACCUGCACCAGUCCUCGAGUCUCCAUUUAAAGAUCGAGACCACUUCCAGUUGGGUUCACUGUCCCACCUCCUGAAUGCCAAGGCUGGGGGCUACCAGGAGUUGCCUGACUGGCCUGAAGCCGCCCCAGACCCCUCCGUGCGCAACGUGGAGGUGAAGGAGUCUGUUUUUACGCUGCUUGAAAGAGUCACAACAUUAACGAGUGUGCCUGAAUGGACCAAAUGCAGCAGCCGAGAGAAGCGGAAGGAGAAGAAGGUGGAGAAGCCGUUCUACUCGGACUCGGAGGGCGAGUCUGGCCCGACGGAGUCAGCUGACAGUGAGUCCGACUCUGCCAGCGGCUCGGAGAGUGGCAGCGGCAGCGAGGAGAGUGGGUCGGGAUCAGAGAGCGAAGAGAGUGAGGAAGGCUCUGAGUCUGAGGAGGAGGACGAGAAAGACAAGAAGAAAAAGAAAGAAUUAAAGAAGCCAGUGCAAGAAAGUGAAAGUGAGCAGAGCAGUGAAGAAGAAGAGAGGAAGCACGAGAGGAAGAGUAAACAACGUAAGAGCGCCUCAGAGUCCGAAUCUGACGAAGAGGAGGAGAGCGAGUCUGAAAGCAGCCAAUCAGAGUCUGAAGACUCUGAGUCUGAGGCAGAAGUCAAAAAGAAAAAAAAGGCAGCUGAAUCAAAGCCUCCGUCCAAACCUGUCAAGACAGAGAGCAAGAAAGAGAAGAAAGAGAUGUCUUUGCUUGACCUCGACGAUUUUGAACCUGCUCCUUCUCCUCAAGUCACACCCGUCAACACCUUCCUGUCCAACAGCCUUGUGACCGACUUGGAAGGCUUGUCUUUGUCUGACAGUGUUCUCUCCCCAGCAACCAUCGCUCCCUCCAGUGCGUUGAAGAACUACGAGCUGCUGCACCGGAUCACAGGGGAGGGCCUGUCGGUGGAGUACUGCUUCAGUCGGCAGCCGUUCAGCCCUGACGCGAACAUGGUGGCGGUGCAGAUGCAGUUCACCAACAACGCCACAUCCGACACCAAGAACCUGCACAUGGAGGACGUGAAGCUGCAGUCUGGGAUGAGAGUCAAAGAGUUCCCAGAGAUCGAGCUGCUGCCAGCAGGUGAGACUGCCACAGCUGUGAUGGGCAUCGAUUUCUGCGACUCAACGCAAGCGGCAAACUUCCAGCUGUGCACUCACACCAGGAAGUUCUUCGUGACGAUCCAGCCGCCGGUCGGGGAGCUGAUGAGGCCCAUCUUCCUGACAGAGAAUGAGUUUAAAAAGGAGCAAGGUCAGCUGAUGGGUAUGAAUGAAAUCACAGAGAAGCUGACUCUGGACGUAAAGUGCCGGAACGAACACGCCAUCGUCCAGCGGGUGACCACCGCCGCCAACCUCAGCAGGGUCCCCUGUGGUUCAGAUAAAGAGUGCAGUCCUCCUGUUCCUCCUCCUGAUCAUCCUGUCCACAGGUUCGCCGGCAGGACGGUGACCAGCAGCAGCCUGGUGUUGGUCACCGUGGCGACCAAAGAGGAAGGAGUCGCCCAGCUGACGGUCAACUGUGAGAAAAUGGUGAUUGGCACCAUGCUGGUGAAAGACAUCCUCCUGGCUCUGACGCAGUGACCUGUGUCCACGUUCAACCCUCGCCUCGCUCCACCCGCCGCUCACUUAUCGUCCAAGAUUCAUCACGUGUAGCAUCUCCUCCGUUCUCCUGUAAGCAGAAUAAAUGAGAACGUUUCCAGAAUGUUUAUGCCCAGUUUGUUGUUUUGUUAAAGAGCCCCCCCCCCCCGACUUUUAGAAAUCACUCCUAAAAACACUGAAACCACAGCUGUGCGUGAUCUUCAUGACAAUCAGACAUGAUUGAUGUUGGACCCUCACUCCUUUCUAAAGUUUCUUGCUUUUCAUAAAAUACUUAAUAUACAACGUAUUUUCCUUCCUUUAUCACAUAAUUGGAUU